AUGAAGCAGAUUUGCCUUUUGACAUUAAUAAACUUACUCUGUUUGAAGCUGAUCUCUACUCAACCUAAAUGUAUAUCCUGUAUUCAAUAUCGGUAUCGUGAAGCACAGCCACAAUCAGCUAUGCAAUGUCCAUGCGUGAAACCACCUGGCAGUAAUCAGUGUUUAUCGUACGAUAAUCGUUUGCAAGCAGUAAGUCUUGAAGAGGCGUUGCACACGUUUCCUGACCUUUCAAGUUCGCCGGAAAAAGCUCGACCACUCGUUUCCGAGGAAGAUGGAAGGAUGAUAGCAACUUUGACUUAUCAUUCUACACAAAAAAAAAUUUAUAAAUCUGCUGAAGGAUAUUCAUGUGAUACGGAUAUGUGCAAGGCAUGCAAACUUUUGGUGACUAACGCAUUCCGUAAGGCCUAUAAUCGAAAUUCCUUUAUGCAUGAUGGCAUGUUCGAUGAAAUGCCUAACAAUGUUGAUGAAUCAUUGUGUGACAAAAAAAACUUUGCCUACCGAAAUAAGCUCAACAGUGAAGAAUUAGAAAGUAAUUCGAGUACUACUCAAACUCUGCCAACUUAUUUGCAAGAAGUGAUCAGUUUACUCACACCAAAAAUCCGCAAACGAAGCAGUGACAAAGAUUUUAAGCAAAAAUUUAAAUUACUCAAUAAAACAAUUACAGUGUUGGGAGUAGCGACAACGAUUGGCUGUAAUUACAAAAAAGGCGAGGAAAUAGCACAAGGCUGGACAGGAUUAUGUAGUUUGUGCUGGCAAUGGCGUAAACUUCCGCCUAACUAUUUUCCGGUUUUGCUCAAUGAAGUUUCUUGUGACUGUAGCGAUAAUGCAUGUCUUUCUGGUUUCGGUAAUUGUCGACCUGUAAUGCGUUCCAUAAAUGUUGUUCGUAAUUCAGGCACAAAAAAAUCGCCACGAUGGGUCCAAGAGUCAAUAAAUACAAUAUCAGCUUGCGAAUGUCAAGUUGAGAUGGGAACACCUUUACAUUCACUUGUUUUACGUUAA